CGGGCGUGGGCAUGGCCGGCGCGUGCAGGGCGCGACCUGGGCGCACGGUGACCCGUUCCUCCCCGCGGUGGCCGUGGGUCCCGUGAAGGGAGGGACUCGGGCAUCGCCCGCCCGCCGCAUUUCCCGCCGGUGCUCACGGUGCGCGCACGCUCCGGUCCUCUGUGGCGCGACUCGCUCACCUCCGGUCACUUCAGCACCUGUCCGGUUAGUUGGGGUCUGAGCGCCGCCCCGACCCUUCACCGUCACUCUGGGACUCUUACCCAGGAUGGACAGAACCGCGUGGACUCGGCGCUGGCGGCGGGCACGGUGCCCCGGCAGCACCACCCGUGCGCACGUGCUCCGCCUGCGGGGCGGCGGGGGAUCCCCGGUCCACCCACGCGACCCGGAGGGCCCUUGGCGCGCUUCCCAGCCCCUGCCGGGCCCAUUGUUCAUCUCCUGCCCCAGAGCUCAGAGGUGCUGAUGGCCCUCUUUUUUGGAGGAGCGGUUGCAGCAGAGAGUGCUGGAGAUUGUCUGGAAACCCGAGCCUUGUGCUUGCGGUCCUUUCCUGAGUGGACCUGCCGUACGUCUCUGCAGGAGGAAGCUAUCCUCCAGGGUCCUGUUUACUUUCCGCGAGUGAAACGGUUGUUCUGGAGAGUCCAGGGUUGUGGCCCAGACACACGCGGCAUGUUCAGGGCGCCCAGCCCCAGCCCCACUGGUCUGAGCACAGGAACAGCCUCCUCUCCUGCAGGGCUGUGGGCGGCCUGGACAGCAAGCAUGGUGCCCUCCGGCCAGGUGGUGGAGAAGCAGGAGCCCCCGGAGCUUGGGCGGCACCCUGAGCUCAAAUCCUGGAGGUGCCUGGUGUUCUACCUGUGUUUCUAUGGCUUCAUGGCACAGAUGCGGCCCGGGGAGAGCUUCAUCACCCCCUACCUCCUGGGCACCGAUAAGAACUUCACGCAGGAGCAGGUCACCAACGAGAUCACGCCGGUGCUGUCCUACUCCUACCUGGCGGUGCUGGUGCCCGUCUUCCUGCUCACCGACUACCUGCGCUACAAGCCGGUGCUGGUGCUGCAGGGCCUGAGCUACGUGUCCGUGUGGCUGCUGCUGCUGCUGGGCGACUCCGUGCUGCACAUGCAGUUCAUGGAGCUCUUCUACAGCCUCACCAUGGCCGCCCGCAUCGCCUACUCCUCCUACGUCUUCUCGCUCGUGUGCCCGGCCCGCUACCAGCGCAUGGCCGGCUACUCGCGCACGGCCGUGCUGCUGGGCGUCUUCACCAGCUCCGUGCUGGGCCAGCUGCUGGUCACCGUGGGCCGGGUCCCCUUCUCCACGGUCAACUACAUCUCCCUGGGCUUCCUCACCUUCAGCCUGGUCCUCGCCCUCUUCCUCAAGCGCCCCAAGCGCAGCCUCUUCUUCAACCGCGCCGCCCCCGCGCGCCGCGGGGCCUCGCCCUCCGAGCUGGACCGCAUGAACCCGGCCCCCUCCCAGCCCGCGGACGCCAAGCCGGGCCGGGCGCCGCCGGGGGCCUGGCGGGACUGGACCCUGGUGCGCAUGUUCCGGGAGCUGGGGGACCACCUGCGGCUGCCGCAGCUGCGCCUCUGGUCCCUCUGGUGGGUCUUCAACUCGGCCGCCUACUACCUGAUCGUCUACUACGUGCACAUCCUGUGGAACGUGGUCCACCCCACCACGGACACCUCCUCUGUCUACAACGGGGGGGCGGACGCCGCGUCCACUCUGCUCGGUGCCAUCACCUCCUUCUCCGCGGGCUUCGUGAAGAUCCGCUGGGCGCUGUGGGCGAAGCUGGUCAUCGCGGGCGUGACGGCAGUGCAGGCUGCGUUGGUCUUCCUCAUGUACAGCACGAGCAGCAUCUGGCUGUGCUACGUGGCCUUUGUGCUCUUCCGUGGCGCCUACCAGUUCCUGGUGCCCAUCGCCACAGCUCUGUGCCCUGGUGUUCGGAGUCAACACAUUCUUCGCCACCGUCCUCAAGACCAUCGUCAUCCUCAUCGUUGCCGACAAGCGGUGUCUGGGCCUCCCGGUGCGCUCGCAGUUCCUCGUCUACUUCGUGUACUUCCUAGUGCUGUUCGUUGUCUACCUCUCGGCGGCCAUGCUGGUGAUCCUGCGGCACCUCCGGGAAGGCCGCCACCCGCCCCCAGCCCUGCCCCCGCCCCAGGAGGAGAAGGCCGAGCAGGUGCUGAGCCUGCAGGACAGAGGCCUCAGUGGCCCGAAGCCGGAAGCCCCCCCGCCGGCCCUGGAGGACAGCGUGUGGACGGCAGGGUUGGCCUCUCGGGAACAGAACCAGCAGCCCGAGGCCAAAGCCUGACCCAGCCCGGCCUAGCGGGAGGCCAGGCUCCUCUGGCACCGGGGGCAGCCCGUGCACCGUGCUCCACGUCCUGGGGCCUCGAUGUCUCGGAAGGGAUGUCUCUUUGCAGCUGGCCCAGGACCCGGGUUCCGGCACGGUCCACGUUCCAGUGUUCGCAUUGUGGAGCCAGGGACUGACGGGGACCCUAGGUGGGGUAUCCAUGUGACCCACACCCCGAGGGCUUGUCUGGCGGUGGCCCUGAGUACUGGUUCUCGUCCCCAUCCCGCUGCCUGCUGGGGCACCGCGGGCUGGCUUGCUGUCCCCGUGGCGGGGAGGGGGGGUCCUCAUGUGCCCACCAGGCCACUCUGCCUUCACCCCGCCCCCCACAAGAGGCAGGUCCUGCUUGUUCCUGGGGACCAGUGAGGGGGCCAAGACGCCAGCCUCAGGGACUCAGUCCCCCACAGGGUAUCCUGUGCCCUGCAGGGCCAGGCCGGGAUCCCUGAUUCCCGUAGCCUGUGGCUAAACUUGGUAAGGCCAGUUGUCCAGGUACUUGCUUUAGACUAUGUCCCUUUCCUAAAGAAAGUUGACCCAAAUGAGAAGCCUCAGUGGGCUUCUCUUUCCGGGCGAGAUGCCAGGCAUUGGCCGCUGGCAGACAUUUGCCCGUCAGGUGGAAGCAGGGAUGCGGGGGCCCUGGAGCCCCGCUUCUCUCCCAGCGGGCUAACCCUGACCUACCUCACUGGUGACUGCAGACCGCUUGGGGUCCCUCGCCCACGUGCCGGCCCACACGGGACCCACCCUGAGCACACCGCCUCAGAUGCAAGACCGUCGGCUCUCCCCAAAAUCAAACCACAAGCCCCACACGUGGAGGGGCUCCUGGUCUUGUACUAACCUGGCGUGGGUGGGGGCGGCUGGUCAGGAGGCCAAGAAGAGGGCCCCGGCCCCAGGCAGGAACCCAAACCAGGCCCCCCACGGCCUCGAGCUGAGCACAGCCCCCUCCUACAGCCCUGUCUUGAGAACCGCCCACGCCCCGCGGGAAGGGAAGGCCAGCUGCUCAGAGCCAGCUUGGUGCAGAGAGGUUGGAGCAGCCCUCCUGGAGAGGAGCUGCCUGCACCCAGGGAUCCCUGAGGUCCGCUUGUCGGGGGCAGGGUGUCUCAGGAGGCUGCCCUGAGGCUGCAGGAGGAUGCUGGGGGGCGGGGCAUCCACAGGGGGCCUCCCCGCUGACUCCCCACCCCACCCACCCCAUGCCCCAGGGACCCCGUGGGGAGGCACAGUGCUCUUCCCCUUCCAUGCUCAGGGAUCCUGCGGGACUUGGCGGGUGGAGGGCGGUGCCUCUCACCUCUGGUCACUGACCUCAUGAUGCAGGCCUUUGCUCUUGCCCCCACCCUGACCUGCGAAUGCUCCCAUCGGUGGGUGGCCCAGCCACCUGGCCCCACGGUGGGUUCCGCGUGCCGCAGCAGCUCUGGGGAGAACAUGGGUGCUGGGUCUACACCCCGGCUUGCCUGUGCGGACUGCCGGCCGUCCCCAGGGACGCUCCAGAGAUAAGGUUUAGGGCACCAGCAUCCCCGUGCACGUGUGUGCAUCUGACAUCCGUGUACAUCUAGCCACGCCCACCUGUGCCCCUUCAGCGGGACCCACCAGCAGGACAAAGACCCCCAUGGUCUGUCUCACGAUAACGAAGGCUGCUUCCAAACCGAGUGUCCGUGCAAAACGCUGUUUUUAUUGGGAGCCUGUUUGGAAACCACAUUACACAGCUAGCAGGACCGGCUGCUGUGGUUUACAGGGCAGUGUUGAGACAGCAGACCUGAGGCGCUUGGCUCCGUGCCCACGACCCAGCCCAGCCACCAGGGGGGAGGGACCCUGGGGGUGCCCCCAGAAUGCCCCCUUCAGAGUGCUUUGUCUACACGGCCUCGGGUCCCAGGGCUCGGCAAGGCCGGUCUCAGGUGAGCCGUGUCCUGGCUGAGGACAGGUAUCGCGAUCCUGCUUGCCCCUGUGCCUUGUUUUAAGUAAGCUUCGUGCCCAGCGUGGAGCCCGACAUGGGGCUUGAACCCACAAACCAUGAGAUCAUGAUCUGAGCUGAUUGAGUCGGACACUUAACCAACUGAGCCACCCAGGCACCCCUUUCCUCUGUGGUUUUUUGAACUCUGUGUCCCAUGAAGAUAAACCUGGGGCCCUGGACUCAGCAGGCAGGAGUUCUAGCCGGGCCCCUGGGAGUGGGAGUAGGUUUGGGCCCAGUUGGGUUCCGGGAUGUGCUCCUGGGCAAGGCUAGGGAAGCCUCUGGGAAUCCUUGCCUCAGCAAAGGAGUUUUGGACCUGCGUGGGGCCCGGGGACAGGACACUGCCAUCCCUGGGUUGGGGGCCCCUCAACUCCUAGCCUGGGGGCGUCUGGCUGGCUCAGUCAGUAGAGCUCUUGAUGUCAGGGUUGUGAGUUUGAGCCCCACGCUGGGGGUAGAGAUUAAAAAUCUCCCUGCAGGGCCUUGGCUGGAUUGAGCUCCACGAGGGAAGCCGGUGUGGGACAGAACUGAAGACGCACCUGCCCCGUGUGCAGGCUGGCUCCCAGCCACCAGCACAAGGUGGUGUUGGGGUAAAGGCCAUAGCCUGGGGGCAGCAGUGGCCCCUGAGUUUGGGGCUGGCUCUAGCCCGGGGGUGGCUGCGGGAGGCCAAGGAGAAAUGGCCCCACGCUGUGCCCUUGGCCUGAGCUAACCCUAACCCUAACCCCACCUGGCCCCUGCCAGGCCCUCCGGCACGCACACCUCCCCAAGUCAGUAUGUUCCUUUGCCUCGGGGGGGGGGGGGUCUCCCUCCUGUUCUGAUUGGGGUCAAAG